AUGACAAAAUCUCUGGAUUCAGCUUCGUUAUAUCCAAUUUUGUCACUAGUCGAUUCAUUCCCUAGAGUAGUUGCUGAUGGUAUGUCAUCAUCAUCCUUAUGUGAUAAAUUAGUUGACGAAUGUAUACCACAAAACAUGCUAUGUUUAGACGCUAAAAGUGCUUACGAUGUUGAGCGUAAAUAUUCUGUAAUCAAUUGCCCUGUUGUUAAUCCUACAACCUUUAAGAAUAUAAAGAUAUAA